GCCAAUUGCAGAAUUGCAAAGCAUCACGGUAGUUUAAUUACAUAGCAAGAUUUUUCAACAUGGCGAUUGUAUUUUUCGAAAGUGGCACUGUGCUAAACACACGAAAUUUGCAAGAAAACUUCUGUCAUUUUUGAUUCGAUUAAAGUUUGUACGAAAUAUGUACAACUUGUUUCGUAUUUCUACUGCGUCUUGGUGUUCUACGAGCGACUGCACUUAAAAUAUUCAAGAUAGCGUACAGAGUCGUUGAAGCUGGGAAGGAGUUCGAUCCGCCGUUGUCAGGUACAAAUUUUUGAGUAUUUCACGAUCAAAAGGUAAGUACUGUAUUAAAUUAUUUUUGUAGUGAGGAACACGUUGUGAUUUUGUGUUUGCCCGAAUAUUUCAACGAUCGGUUUAAUUGUAGAGGCUCGAGAGGUAAAAAUGUUUGCACACUUGACGAUCAUGAAACAACACAUGUUUGAUCAAACGUUCUUUUCACAAACCAAAACAUUGAAGUUGUCUGGCGGGAAAAAUAAAAACAGUUACUCUUUCAAAUACCGAGCUUUCACAUUUCAAAGGUUUUGAAAUAUUUAAAAAGUAUUUUUAAGUACUAUUCACUGCUGUUCAAGUUUCUCCUUGGAGUUUUUUAACAACAACACAUUCACGCGAGUCAAAUUUUACGCAACGUCGCUUGUUUCGAGCAAAUUUUGCAGCCUUUUGGUUUACCAUUUAUUUUGAUAUGGAGGAUGAAGUACAGUGGACAAAAAAUCUUCGUGGUAUUCCCGCAUUUACGCAUGCAUUAUUGCUUGAACAUUUGAUAACUGACGACUCAAGUAAACUUGGAAAACCACCGAAUGCUCACAAGCAUAAAAAGUACGGCUAUCAACUAUUCAAAGAUAAGAUGGUUACCCAGGUUAAAGUCAAACCUAAUGUUUUAAAAGGCCAGGAAAAGUUUUUCCUCUUUAAAUGUGUUGUGCAUGCCUCUAUGAAAAAGGCACACUAUGCUGUAUAUGUUCACCUACGCCAAGACACUGGUAAAAUAUCCCAUGCAAGUUGUACUUGUACAGCAGGAAAAGGUGGCUGCUGUAAACAUGUAGCUGCCUUAUUGUUUCAAAUUUUGGACUAUAUCCAACUUGAAUUACCUGAAGUCCCAGAUGACUUAACAUGUACACAACUUUUACAACAGUGGCAUGUGCCUAAUACUAGUGAGAAACUUGAGAGUGCAGUGCUUUUCGACCAAGUAAAAAUUAGCAAAGCAACUUCCAAGACAGAGAAGCAUUAUGUCUCAGAAUACAACAACCCAGCACCUGUUUUUGCUAAGUGUGUAAAUGUUGAAGAUUUAAAAAAACUAGAAGAUGGUUUAAAAACUGUUGGCACUUGUGAUUAUUUGCAGGGCCUUUUAGCAUCUAAUAAUUGUGAACCAUUCCACUAUCAGGAAUUUGUCAAGGAAUUACCUUCUAAAAAGGCAUUUAAUGAUGCAGACCUAUUUGCAAAUCAAAUGUACAAUGUUGAAAUUCGAAAAUCUAUACUGGAACAAAUUACUGUUCCUGACUUUACAGAAGUGUGCAAAUAUUUACCUUCUCAGGAGUAUAUGCCAUAUACUAAAAGCACUCUUUAUACAACCAAAGAAAAAUGGUUGAUAUUGAAUGCAAUACAAGAGGUCAAUCCCAAUGUAAACUAUGCCCCAGAAGCCUGUCAGUGGGGCAACAGUAAUGAGCAGAUGGCCAUUCAAAAAUAUUUAGAGCAAAAGAAUUUUGAAGACCUGAUGAUGAGUGCAUGUGUUCAGUGUGGGUUAUUUGUUAACAUUGAAGCCCCAUGGCUUGGUGCAAGCCCAGACUGUUUGCUACAUGAUCAUGUAGAGCCAUCAUUUGGAAUAGGAGAGGUGAAAUGUCCAUUUUCAAAAAAAGAAAUGACAAUUAUAGAAGCCUGCAAGGUUGACCCAUCAUUCUAUUUACAUGUACUUAAUGGAAAACCACAACUUAAGAGAAACCAUCAUCAUUUUUAUCAAAUUCAAGGUGUUAUGUCUGCCUGCAAAGUGAAUUGGGGAGACUUUAUUGUUUAUACAAACAAAGAAGUUUUUAGUGAAAGAAUUUACUUUGACCAUGAAUUGUGGUACAAAACAAUGUUACCAAAACUUACUUCUUUUUAUUUCACAUACAUUUAUCCGAAACUAGCUACUUAAGAAAUAAUUUAAAACAAUUGUUUGAUAUUUAUUCUGAUUCACACUUUUCGUUUAUCAAGGGUGGGUAAAAUAGAGUGAGGUAUGAACAAAUUACCCAUAUUUUGUUCAAGUCUGAUGACAUCUUGAGGGGAAAAACAUUUUUUAUAAUUCUAUAACUCUUUAUACGUUGUAUUGCUCUUUCCACAUGUACUCUCAAUGAUGCAAUCUUCCGUGUGUCAUUUUCAGCCCCAAGUGAAAGUUGACUAGCACCAUUUAGAAAAGGUGGUAUAUUAAGCCCAACCCCAGCAGGCAUGUCAUCUGCUAUAUCAAAACCCCUGUCUGCCAUAAUGUCAUCACCUGAUUCAAGCAAAUUAAGAAUCCCACAAUCUUUUGUCACUUGUUUAUCAGAUGCCCUUCCAGCAUACAAUUCGGAUACAAAUGUUGGAUACCCAGCAGGAGAAAUUCCAAGCAACCCCUUAGCUGUAUUGUGAUUUUUGUAUGACGAGUAUGUUACAGACUGACUUCUAAAUGAUGUUGGCAUUUCAAGAAGUAGUUCUGUGCAAUCAAUAAUUACACGGGUAUUUGGAUAUGUUUCUUUAAAAGAUUGUGGCAUAGUUUGUUGCACAUAAUCACGUGAUGCCCAGAUAGGAAGGGCUCUUAACUUGUGAUAUAGAAACUCUAACCAAGUUGCCCAUAUACGGGAAACUUGAGCCUCUGAAAUGCCAAAUCUGUGAGCAAUGUCAACCCCCAUGAGACCGCACCGCAGGCGAACUAAAACCAUAAACAACUCUUGCUCUGGUGUCAUAGACCUUUUUCGCCCCUGCUUUUUUGACUCUGCCGAGUAUUCCACAUUGUUACUCGAUCCAGCAUAAGUUAAGAAAUUACAUGCUGGCUGGAGAAAGUCAAAGAAAACUUUAAAUGUCGCAUAAUUUUGGAAACCUGUGUAGAAUUUAAAAUUUAUGUCGCUGGCAAGUACAUGUUCUAAUCGCAGUGCACACUGUUUAUAUUUAGAUGAUAACUCCUCGUAUUUUCUUUGUAAAGCUACAUGAUCAUUUUUCAAUUUUUCAUAGUCCGAAUCUUGUACAUCAAAGGUAGUAUUGUGCUGUUCAAACUGGUUUGUUUCAGUGGUUGUGUCCUUGUUUAUUACACAUGUAUGUGCCCUUCCACGACUGCUAUUUUCAGUCUGUCUGCAUGAUAUUUUUGCAACAGUUGGCAAUGCACCAAAAGAU